CUAUCGAAAAAAUAUCAAGUAAAAUCAUGAAAUUAGUUCUAUUGUUCUUAAUUCUAUUGACGGGCAUUGAGCAGUAUGUAGGAGUAGCAGGUUGUUGCGUACACUCAUCUUGGCAUAACUUUCAUUGCCCAUUUCAUAACCCAUCGUUGGAAGAAUCAGAUUAUUUUUUUCUAAACAAACAAGUGCAUAAUCUUGAAAUACGUUUGCUAACGCUUCAGAAUGAGUUCAGAGAGCUCGUCGAAAAGUUCAGAAAAUAUAACAAGGAUACAAAUGGCCCAUCGGUGCUUGAGAAUGUUGUAUCAAACGAGACGAAAGUACAUACGACUCAAAGUACUCCAACCUCUACUAUACUGUAUGAAUCAAUAGUUAAAAGUUAUAAAAAAUCUAUUCUAUCUGAAAACAAAGACAGAAAAGAUUCAUCAACAUCUGAGAACAUCGAAUUAAACAAGAAAAGUAACAAAGAUACUCAGACAAAGAUAAAAGACUCAUCAAUAUUUAAGAACAACAAAUCAAAUGAAACGAAAGUAAAUGGAACUGAAAUAUUUCGAUGGAUAAUAGAAAAACGAAGAAAUAAAAACAAAGAUUUAUUUUAUGAUGAUGAUUAUUCCUUCUGAUGAUUAUUAUUAGUAAUCAUAACUGAAAAUAUAUGUAUAAUUAAAAAUUAAAUAGUUUUUUUAAUUUCAUUAGAUUAUAUUAUACAACUGAUUAUUUAAAUUACUAAAUUUCGCUUCUUAUAUAUUUACUAUAUGUAACCCUGUGUCAUAUAAUAAAAUGUAAAAUAAUCAUU